AGAAAAGUGAUGACUUUGUUACUGUGGAUGAGUUGGUGAUGACUGAAGAGGAGGAACCAGCAGCAGCCACAAGAGGCCAGCCCAAGAAGAGAAGCAGACAAGCUCCUGUGAGAAAAUCUGUUCGAGGACAAACGAUGAGCAAAGAAACCAAAAGAGAGGAAGAAGAACAUAAUGCUUCAGCCGAACUGUGCAUUGUGGGCGGAGACACGUCCGCUCCGUCAGGUGACGUCCAGCCGGAGAGUCCGAAGACGGAGGUGGAACCGUGGAGUAAAUCUGACGUCGUCGCUGCUUCCAGUGAACUGGAGCCGCAGCCUGAGCCUCCUGGUGGACAGAAACCACCAGAAUGUGAGGAGGAGAAGGAAGAGCGCAGCAAGGCUGAGGUCAAAGUUGAUAAACGGAAGCUGGAGUUUGUGGCUCCUGAAGCAAAGCGAUCUCGCUCCCAGUCUCCUGGUGUCUCUGCCGACUUCACUCUUCCUCCAUUUAACCCCAACAGUCCUCUGGGUCAGGAUUUUGUGGUCCCUAAAUCGGGAUUCUUCUGUAAUUUGUGCUCCGUUUUCUACUUGAACGAGAGCACCGCUAAAGAAUUUCACUGCAGCAGCCAGAGACACUACGACAACCUGCAGAAACAUUACCAGAAGCUCAGAAGGAAGACUUCCAGUUCGUUGAAGCCAAAUUCCCAAGGCACCGUUUCCAAAUGAUCGUGAACUGAAACAGAAAUGAGUAUUUUAUGAAACGUUAAACCACGGAGUUGGGGACAUGUUUGCGUAAAUGACGAUUUGUAUAAAAAAAACACGACUCGUAGUGUUCACAUUAUCUGUUAAUCAGAUCUCAUGUUUCAGCAUGCAUCAUUUCUUUUAUUCCUUCAGUUUUUGUGCCCUCUCUGAAUUUACUUGUGUGGUUGUGUUGCUCCAGUUGAGUCAUGGAAAGAGGUUUUUGGAUAUCAUGAGUUAAACAUGCAGUGAUAAAUAUUUUGCUUCAGGCUGAAGUCGAACCCAAAGCUAAAAAAACCCCCAGAAGUAACAGACUUGAUCAACUCCUGGGCGUUGGAGACAAAAAAAAAAAA